AUGGAUAUCAAGAAAGGGCAAGGUGAAUUUUUCAUAUGUCAGAAAAAGUAUGCAAAGGAAAUACUAAAGAAAUUUCAAAUGGAAAAAUGCAAGGUAGUAAGCACUCCAAUUUAUCAAAAGGAGAAGUUGCACAAAGAAGAUGGUGCUAACAAAGUUGAUGAAGGAUAUUUCAGAAGCUUGAUUGGUUGUUUGAUGUACCCCCUGACAAUUAGGCCUGAUAUUUUAAAUGCUAUAAGUAUUUUGUCUCGAUUCAUGCAUUGUGCAAGUGAAUUGCAUCUCAAGGCUGCCAAAAGAGUGAUUUGGUAUGUGAAGGGUACAAGUGAUUUUGGUGUUAAGUUCACAUGGAGCAAAGAAUUUAAGCUUACAAGUUUCUCUGAUAGUGACUGGAGAGGUUCUAUGGAUGAUAUGAAAAGUACUUCAGGCUACUAUUUUACUCUUGGAUCAAGUAAUGCCAUGAAAAAUAGCUCUCGUCAUAUGGCUACUCUGGAGCACAAAAAAGCUGAUGAAAAUGUUAUGAAAUUGGCAGAAGAUCAGAGGAGACAAAAAGAACAGCUCCAUGCUAAAAUCUUUUACCUUCAAAAGCAACUUGAUAUGAAACAAGAACUGGAGUUGGAGAUUCAGCGAUUAACGGGCUCAUUAAAUGUGUUGAAGUACAUGGAAAAUGAUGAUGAUGGUGCAGAGGUACUGAAGAAGGUAGAUUCUUUGCAAAAGGAAUUAGGUCACUUGAAGAUUUAG